UGGAGGCUGCGCAUGCGCACUCACAGGUUUCCGGGUAGUCAGUAAAGGCUGGUUUACGAACAGGGCGUCGGUGGAACACAAGGAGCCAAUGAUUCCAAUUUGUCCAGUUGUUUCUUUUACUUAUGUGCCCAGCCGGCUUGGGGAAGAGGCCAAAAUGGCUACCGGGAAUUAUUUUGGCUUUACCCCUGGCGCUGCCGCGCAGUACAGUCAGCAGCCCACCGCAGGAGUAGCUUAUACUCACCCCACCACAGUUGCCAGUUACACAGUGCACCAGGCUCCAGUGGCGGCCCACACAGUGGCCGCUGCCUAUGCUCCCACAGCCGCCACAGUGGCUGUAGCUCGCCCUGUGGCUGCUGCUACAGCUGCUGCUUAUGGAGGCUACCAGCCCACUCACACCGCCACAGACUACGCCUACACUCAGAGGCAAGCAGAAGUCCCUCCUCCUCCUCCGCCUGUCACCUCACAGAACUAUCAGGAUUCGUACUCGUAUGUUCGCUCCACUGCUCCUGCUGUAGCUUAUGACAGUAAACAGUACUACCAACAGGCCAGUGCAUCUGCAGGUGUAGCAGCUGCACAGUCACAGCCCACUGUGGCAGAGUCUUACUACCAAACAGCCCCAAAGUCGGUGUACAGUCAGUGUGCGAGCUCGUACACACAGACGCCGCAGAAUCGACAGGUCACAGUGAUAAAACCGGCCGCUCCAAGUCCCGUAGCCUCGUCCUUCAUUUACCCCGUCACCUCUACAGUACAGCCGGUCGCCGCUGCCGCCUCUGUGGUUCCUUCGUACUCCCAGAGCUCCACCUACAGCACCAGCGCUGUCACAUAUUCUGGAACGUCGUAUUCUGGUUACGAGGCUGCCGUGUACUCUGCAGCCUCCAAUUACUACCAGCAGCAACAGAAGCAGGCAGUGGCCGCUGUAGCAGCAACAUCGGCCUGGACUGGAAACACUUUCACCAAGAAACCUUCAUUUCCAAAUAAACAGCUCCGACCCAAACAGCCACCUAAACCGCCACAAAUCCACUACUGCGAUGUGUGCAAAAUCAGCUGUGCAGGCCCACAGACGUACAAAGAGCAUCUGGAGGGGCAGAAGCACAAGAAGAAAGAGGCAGCCCUGAAGGUUUCUCAGAGCAGCAGCAGUGGCAGCACUUCUGGAGGGUCUGUCCCACGAGGAGCACAGAACCAGCUCCGCUGUGAGCUUUGCGACGUGUCUUGUACUGGAGCAGACGCCUAUGCUGCUCACAUCCGAGGAGCCAAGCACCAGAAGGUUGUGAAACUUCACACUAAACUGGGGAAACCCAUUCCCUCGUCAGAGCCCAGCCUGUCGUCCAGCAGCUCUGCCACAGGCCUGAAGAGCAGCACCUCCACCUCUAGCACCUCGAGCUCUUUCUCUCUGUCCACCACCUCUUCCACCUCCUCCACCUCCUCUUAUCUGAAGCCCAUCAGCAUCGUCGGUAGCGUGGGCACUGGCAAAAGCCCGACCUCCAGCAUCUCUGUUACCUCUGCAAAGAAGGUCAUCACCCCCAAGAUCAACUUUGUGGGUGGAAAUAAGUUACAAACAACACUGAAACCAGAAGAGAUGAAAAGUGAAGUCUCAAAGUCACUGACACCCAUGGGUGCUCAGGACUCUAAAGGGGAGAGCAUGGACACUCUCUCCUCGUCAGCACUGGCUGCUCUGCAGAACGAGGUCCAGCCCGUGGGCUAUGACUAUGUUGAAGAGGUGCGGAAUGAUGAAGGCAAAGUCAUCCGUUUUCAUUGCAAACUGUGUGAAUGUAGUUUUAAUGAUCCCAACGCCAAAGAAAUGCACCUGAAAGGCCGGCGCCAUCGUUUACAGUACAAGAAAAAGGUAAACCCAGACCUGCAGGUGGAAGUGAAGCCAAGCAUCCGCGCCCGUAAGAUUCAGGAGGAAAAGAUGAGAAAACAGAUGCAGAAGGAAGAGUACUGGAGGCGGCGCGAGGAGGAGGAACGCUGGAGGAUGGAGAUGCGGCGUUAUGAGGAGGACAUGUACUGGAGGCGUAUGGAGGAGGAACAGCACCACUGGGACGAUCGGCGCCGCAUGCCCGACUCCGGCUUUCAGCAGUGCCCCCCUGGUCUGUUGGGGGUCAGGCCGGGCAUGCCUGGGAUGCAGCCUCAAGGACUGCUGCCUCAGCGUCGCCCAGACUCUUCAGAUGACCGCUAUGUUAUGGCAAAGCACAUUGUCAUCUAUCCAUCUGAAGAGGAGUUACAGUCCAUCCAGAAGAUUGUGUCCAUCACAGAACGUGCUCUGAAGCUCGUGUCAGACAUUAUCAGUGAACAGGACACAGCCAAAGAGGAGGACAAGGACAAGAAGGAGGCUCCGGCUAAAGACAGAACUCUAAAAGGAGUGAUGCGAGUCGGGGUCCUGGCCAAGGGCCUGCUUUUGGGAGGAGACAAAAAUGUGAACCUGGUUUUGCUGUGCUCCGAUAAACCCACCAAGACCCUCCUGAACCGGAUAGUGGAGCACCUCCCAACGCAGCUUGCAGUUGUAUCUCCAGACAAAUAUGAAGUGAAGGCGUGUGUGUCAGAGGCGGCCAUCGUCCUGAGCUCCUGCACCGAGCCCAAGAUGAACGUGCACAUCACGCUGACGUCUCCUCUGAUGCGUGAGGACGGAGCUGAAGGAGAUAUAACCUCGGGUAUGAUGAAUGACCCAGCGGACGUCUUGGACAGACAAAUUUGCCUUGACGCUCUGGCUGCUCUGCGCCACGCUAAGUGGUUCCAGGCUAGGGCCAAUGGUCUACAGUCCUGCGUCAUCAUCAUCCGCAUCCUGAGAGACCUGUGCCAGCGUGUGCCCACUUGGUCUGCUUUCCCUGGAUGGGCAAUGGAGCUGCUGGUGGAAAAAGCUAUCAGCAGCGCCUCGGCUCCACUUGGACCAGGAGACGCCCUCAGACGAGUUCUGGAAUGCAUUUCUUCUGGAAUUUUACUACCAGGAGGUCCAGGGUUGUUAGACCCUUGUGAGAAGAACCCUGUGGAUACUCUGGCUCCUCUGGGAGAACAGCAAAGAGAGGACAUCACGUCGAGCGCCCAGUUUGCUUUGCGCCUGCUGGCCUUCCGUCAGAUCCAUAAGGUCCUGGGGAUGGACCCUCUGCCACAGACCAACCCCCGCUUCAACGUGCACCCGAGCCGCAAGCGUCGCCACGACAACAGCGACGGCACGGACAGCUUUGAAGGAGAAGGCAAGAAGGACAAGAAGGACUACGAUAGCUUUUAGAAUGUGUAUCACCACCAGAAGGAUGUUGAUUUUAUGUAUUCUGUUUAAUUGUACUGUAAUCAAAAAAAAAUCUGCUCUGUUGUUGUAACUACAAGCAUUAGGCGGUCUAUUUGAAAUUUUAAUGGAGCUUAUGCGUCUGUGUUUCUGUUAAUUGUGAGCCCUGACUUGUCUCGUCUGAAGCUACCCUUGUUUCUUGACUUAAAUAUUUAUAUAAUCUUACUUACAGUAUUGGUUUGCAGUAAGCAUGGCAUUGUCUCUUGGCUUUUUCUGCAAAUGAAGGGAAUUUGAAUGAUAUUUUGACCAUAACAGGAUUGAAUGGAAGUUUAUUUUGGGUCAGGGGAUUUGCAAGAUCUUGAAAAUGUUGGUAUUUCCUUUAGCUGAAUAAAUGUACUAAACUAA